AUGCUUUCAAAUCUCACCGCAGUCGAUCUAUACCGCUACGACGAAGCAUGGGAACUCACACCUACACGAGCGCUAUCGCAAUUUGCCGAUUCCGUCGACAAAAACAACGGGGCUGUCCUGCUUGAUCUGAGGAAGCCAGAGGACUUCGUCACCAGUCAUAUCCCAGGAUCGUAUAACCUACCGCUACAAAGCCUGAAUGCAUCAACACCAAGCCCGUUCUCAGAUGCCGCGGUUCUCGAGAAGCAAUGGAAAGAGUUGGAAUCAACAUUCACGACCGAGCGCAUCAGCGCGCAUGACCUUGCUGGCAAAGAUGUAUAUAUUGUUUGCUACGGUGGUGAUACGGCCCGCGUUGCAACGAGUGUGCUCCGCGCCAAAGCCAUCUCAGCAAGUAGCGUCAAGGGUGGCAUCGCCGCCUUACGAGAGGAGUUGCCACAUCUUCAGAUGACCGAGCGCGGGAGAUGUUUGGUACAGCAGGAUUGGUUGAAGUCCCCGGAUGCUGCCGUGACAGAAAUGCGAGCCGAUUCGUUGUCUCCGCAAAUCCGGGGUGAUGAUGGGAUUGCAGUGCAGGUCAGGUAG